AACCAGGUGAUGGUUCCCGGUGGUCCCGGUCUUUAACCCUGCUCUCUGAUAAACGGCUUGUAUCAGCAGCUCCGGGUCCAGGACUCACCUGCAGCUCCGGGUCCAGGACUCACCUGCAGCUCCGGGUCCAGGACUCACCUGCAGCUCCGGGUCCAGGACUCACCUGCAGCUCCGGGUCCAGGACUCACCUGCAGCUCCGGGUCCAGGACUCACCUGUCUCUCUGUGGGAUUUAAACAUAUUUAACUUCCAUCAUGGGAUCAGCAACCAAACUGGCCUUCAGUGUUUUCCUCAUCUCCUGCUCCUCAGGAGCCAUCCUGGGCCGCUCAGAGACUCAGCAGUGUGUCCACUACAGCUACUCCUCCUCCGCCUCCUCCUCCUCCUCCUCCGCUCGGGGGAACCUCAGCGUGGUGACGUGCUCCGGGGAGAAGGACAAGCGGCUGCACUGCUUCGCCACCUGGAAGAACGUGUCAGGUGUCGUUCAGGUGGUGAAACAAGGCUGCUGGUUGGACGACGUCAACUGUUACGACAGGAACGAGUGCGUGGAGAAGAAAGACGCUCCUGAAGUCUUCUUCUGCUGUUGUGAAGGAAGUCUGUGUAACCAGAGGUUCUCCUACAGCCCCCCCGACCUGCCCCCCCUCCCCACGACAAACAAGCCGGUGACGGCGCCGCCUCCGGUGCUGACGACCCUCAUGUACUCGCUGGUUCCCAUCAUGGCCGUCACCGCCAUCAUCCUCGUCUCCUUCUGGAUGUACAGACACCACAAGCUGGCUUACCCCCCCAUACUGGUCCCUACACAGGACCCGAGUCCUCUGCCCCCCUCCCCCAUCCUGGGCCACAAGCCUCUGCAGUUACUGGAGGUGAAAGCCAGGGGGCGCUUCGGCUGCGUGUGGAAGGCUCAGCUGCUCAGUGAAUAUGUGGCCGUCAAGAUCUUCCCCAUCCAGUACAAGCAGUCGUGGCAGAACGAAUACGACAUCUUCAAUCUGAGCGGCAUGAGACACGAAAACCUGCUGCACUUCCUGGGAGCUGAGAGGAGAGGAAGCAACCUGGAGGGGGAGCUGUGGCUCAUCACUGCGUACCAUGACAAGGGCUCUCUCACAGACUAUCUGAAGGCUAACAUCCUCUCCUGGUCUGAGUUGUGUCUCAUCUCUCAGUCGAUGUCUCGAGGUCUCGCCUACCUGCACGAAGACAUACCUGGACUCAAGUCAGCCGUCGCACACAGGGACUUUAAGAGUAAGAACGUCCUGCUGAAGUCCAACCUGACCGCCUGCAUCGCUGACUUCGGCCUCGCUCUUCAGUUUGAGGCGGGAAAAUCUCCCGGAGACACACACGGACAGGUGGGCACCAGGAGGUACAUGGCCCCUGAGGUCCUGGAGGGAGCCAUCAACUUCCAGAGAGACGCCUUCCUGAGGAUCGACAUGUACGCUCUGGGUCUGGUGAUGUGGGAGCUGGCCUCACGCUGUAAAGCUGCUGAUGGUCCUCUGGAUGAGUACAUGCUUCCCUUUGAGGAGGAAGUGGGUCAGCAUCCGUCUCUGGAGGACAUGCAGGACGUCGUCGUCCACAAGAAGCUGAGACCGACGCUCAGAGAGUGCUGGCAGAAACACGCGGGCCUGGCGGUGCUGUGUGAGACGGUGGAGGAGUGCUGGGAUCAUGAGGCGGAGGCGCGGCUGUCGGCCGGCUGCGUGGAGGAGCGCGUCGUUCAGAUGCAGCGACUGACGAGCGUCACCGUUCCCGAGGAGAUCGUUACCGUGGUUACCAUGGUAACCAACGUGGACUAUCCGCCCAAAGAGUCGAGCCUAUGACGAGGCCGAGGACCAAUCGGGACGGAGCAGGGACUCCCUCAGUGACUUCUUAAAGACAACAUGGAGGACGGUCUCUCUGACCGCCACCCUCUGACAUCACUUCCUCUUUUAUAUUACAAAGUAAAAGACUUCCUGGACCUUUUCUACGAUCAUGUGACUUCAGUUUAAAAAGGGCGACUUUAGUUUGUGAAGAAGAAGAAGAAGAAGAAAACAGCUUCUGAAUGUCUGAACCACUGUUUACACACAUCAGCUUAUUGAUCAGCUGAUCAGCUUAUUGAUCAGUUACAAACUCAGCAGUGAUCAAAGUGUCUAGCAGGUGGAGCCUCAGUGAUGUCACAUGACAUAAUAACCUCUGUCAGCUGAUUGUGACACAAACAAAACCUCUGAAUACCGGUCCCAGUACAGACCGGUCCCAGUACAGACCGGUCCCAGUACAGACUGGUCCCAGUACAGACAGACUGGUCCCAGUACAGACUGGUCCCAGUACAGACUGGUCCCAGUACAGACAGACUGGUCCCAGUACAGACCGGUCCCAGUAUAGACCGGUCCCAGUACAGACUGGUCCCAGUACAGGCCGACUGGUCCCAGUACAGACCGGUCCCAGUACAGACUGGGUGUUUUUCAACCUGUUUCCUCCUCUGUCUUUUAUUGUGGUGACGACAGGAAGCUGCACAGUGUGUACAUAUGAAUGUUUUCAGCAUGUUUGUUUUUUAUUGUUUUUAAAAAGAUUUUAGUUUAUUUUCUACAAACUACUAUCUGAGUUUAAUUUAUUUUGAAAAGCUCAGAACACUAACUUCCUGUGGAGGAAGACGUGUAUAUGUGUGAGUGUGUAUGUGUGUGUGUGUGUGUGUGUGUGUGUGUGUGUGUGUGUGUGUGUGUGUCUGUGUAUGUGUGUCUGUGUGUGUGUGUGUGUGUGUGUGUGCGUGUGUGUGUGCGUCUGUGAAUGUGUGUGUGUGCUGUGAGUGUGUGUGUGUGUGUGUCCGUGUCUCUGUGUGUGUGUGUGUGUGUCCGUGUCUCUGUGUGUGUGUGUGUGUCCGUGUCUCUGUGUGUGUGUGCGUCCAUGUCUGUGAGUGAGUGUGUGUGUGUCCGUGUCUGUAUGUGUGUGUGUGUGUGUGUGUGUGUUUCCUGUGACUCCUCUGUUUGAUGUUUCACAUGAAAAUCAAUAACUUCCUGUUUUAUUUAUUUCAGAAUAAAGUCCCUGAUUAUUCUCCCUGUGGUGCGUUCGCUGUCUGUGGGCAUUCUGAGCGCUCUGUUGGAGCUGAUUGUUGAAUAUUGUACAGAAGAUCAUGUGAUGCUGUUUCCCCCAAUAAACUGCUCUGCCUCUUC